ACUGCGAUAAAUGCACUGGGUGGAGAACAGUCGCGCCUGUCUACAACACAUUUACCGCCUUAUAAACUUCUUCAGUAAGAUCUAGUGAUGGCAGAGGCUCACCAGGCCGUGGCGUUCCAGUUUACAAUCACCCCUGAAGGCAUUGACCUACAGCUGUCCUACCAGGCCCUGAACCAGAUUUACCGAUCUGGAGUCCGAUCCUGGAAGAAGAGAGUCAGCCGCAUGAGGAAUCGAGUGAUUAAAGGCGUUUACCCAGCCAGCCCCUCCUCUUGGCUCUUUGUAGUCAUAGCGAUUCUGGCCACCAUGUACAUGCGCUCAGAUCCUAGCAUGGGCCUUAUCGCCAAAAUACAACAGCACCUGCCUCUAAGCCUCCAUGUGUCCCUUAGUGCCCAGGGACAGACCAUGCUCUCGGCUCUGGUCUUCAGUACUCUGCUGUGGCUGUCUCUGAUCCUGGCUCUGCGCUUUUGCCUCAAACUGCUCCUGUCCUAUCACCGCUGGAUGUUUGAGCUGCAUGGCCGAGUGUCCAACACCACCAAAGUCUGGGUGACUCUGGUACGGUUACUAUCAAGCCGGAAGCCUCUACUCUACAGUUAUCAAACUUCAUUGCCUCAUCUGCCUGUUCCAGCUAUAAAAGACACACUGAGCCGAUAUCUGCUGUCAGUGCGGCCUCUCCUGACUGAUCCUGAGUACAAGCGUAUGACUGAACUGGCCAAUGAUUUUGAAAAUAAUCUAGGAAACCGCCUUCAGCGCUACCUCAAACUCAAAGCCUUAUGGGCCACCAAUUAUGUGAGUGACUGGUGGGAAGAAUAUAUUUAUCUUCGGAGCCGAAGUCCUAUAAUGGUCAACAGUAACUACUAUGGCAUGGACUUCUUGUAUGUGACACCAACUUCAGUGCAAGCAGCCAGAGCAGGAAACACCAUCACUGCUUUGCUCCUCUAUCGGCGCAAGGUCAACCGUGAGGAGCUCAAACCGAGUCGAGUCCCAGGUACAGUCAUCCCUCUGUGUGCGGCACAAUAUGAAAGGAUGUUCAACACCACACGCACGCCUGGACUAGAAACUGAUGUCUUGCAGCAUUGGCAGGACAGUGAGUAUGUGGCUGUAUACCAUAAGGGACGCUUCUUCCGCCUGUGGGUGUACAACGCUGGCCGGCUGCUGACCCCCCGGGAGCUAGAGCACCAGAUUCAGAGGAUUCUGGAUGACCCAUCCACUCCAUUGCAAGGGGAGGAGAGACUGGGCGCUCUCACUGCUGGGGACAGAGUCCCUUGGCAUCAGAUGAGAAAACAGUACUUCAGUUUUGGCAUUAACAAGCGUUCACUUGACAUCAUUGAGAGGGCAGCAUUCUUCGUCACUUUAGAUGACGAAGACCAAGGCAUGAGAGGAGAUGACCCCGCCGGGAACCUGGAUCGCUAUGCCAAAUCUCUUCUACAUGGAAAAUGUUAUGACAGGUGGUUUGAUAAGUCCUUCUCCAUUGUGAUUUACAAGAAUGGAAAGAAUGGUCUGAAUGCGGAGCACUCGUGGGCUGACGCGCCCACAGUGGCUCAUCUCUGGGAGUUUACAUUGGCCACAGAUGCCUUCCAGUUGGGCUACACCGAGGAUGGACACUGUAAGGGUGACGUGGACCGUUCCCUCCCAUGUCCUCAAAGGCUCCUGUGGGACAUCCCGGCUGAGGUUCAGACACAGAUUUGCAUUUCUCUUACUGAGGCCCAAAGCCUGGCGGAUGACGUGGACUGCCAUGUGUUCCCCUUCCAAGAGUUUGGAAAAGGACGUGUCAAGAAACUUCGCAUCAGCCCAGAUGCUUUCAUUCAGAUCAGCCUGCAGCUUGCAUACUUCAGGGACCGUGGUGGUUUCUGUCUGACUUAUGAGGCAUCCAUGACUCGUCUAUUCAGAGAAGGCCGCACAGAGACCGUCCGCUCCUGCUCCAAUGAGACAUGUGCUUUUGUCAAAGCACUGGAACAGGGAGAGUCAGCAGAGCAGUGCAGACGCCUCCUCCGGAUGGCAUCAGAAGGGCACCAGAACCUGUAUCGUAUGGCCAUGACGGGAGCAGGCAUUGACAGACAUCUCUUCUGCCUCUAUGUCGUUUCAAAAUACCUGGGGGUGGACUCGCCUUUCCUCAAAGAAGUUUUGUCAGAGCCCUGGCGUCUCUCCACCAGCCAAACACCCAUUCAGCAGAUUGAGCUAUUUGAUCUCAAGAACAAUCCUGAUUACAUUUCCCUGGGAGGCGGUUUUGGGCCUGUUGCUGAUGAUGGAUAUGGAGUGUCAUACAUUAUUGUUGGAGAAGAUAUGAUCAACUUUCAUGUUUCAUCAAAGCAUUCCUGCCAGGAGACGGACUCUCAUAGGUUUGGUGCUGAGAUACACAAGGCCCUACGGGACAUUAUGACGCUAAUGUCUGCUGAACCAAAAUCUACAGCCACAUCCAAAGGAACAUCCCAGCUCAAGAAGCAGCUGUGAACAGGUCGUCAGCUACUUAUUGUACUGUAUAGUUUUUUUCACUGUAUGUCAAAGAUACUAGAUUCAAGACAUAGGGUUCAGAUAACAAAAAUGCACUAUUUCUAUGUAAGAACAAUGCGUAAAUGUCCACAAAACAUUCUUGCUGUUUGACAGUAUUUUACUGGCUCUAAUCUAGCUUUAAAUUAAAAACUACUCAAAACCAGAAACAUAUAAUGGAUUUCAUUAUUGGUUAAGUUCAUUGGACCAAAUAAUGAGAUUUAUAUUUUUAUUAUUAAUUGACAAUAUUUUUUAUUAAUUUGGAAAUACUACAAACAUGAAAAGUUUACACCAGAUUAUAUAUUAUGGGACGUUCAGGUUAGAGGUAUAUCAGUAAGCCGAUAUAUCAGGACGGUAUUUGAACUUUUUAGCGUAUCGGCUAUCAGCCUUAAAUCUCCAGCACUGGCCGAUAUUUUGUUUUGGUCAAUCUCUCUAAAAAUACACAGAAAGCUUUAUAUUAACACAAAGAGAUAUGAAGACAUAGCUGCACAAAACGUGACUAUGCAGCUCUCUUAUAGGUUUGUGGUAAAAAGAGCUUGGGAGAAGUUUGUAGUAAAUUAAAAUUACAUAAUUUGUCGAAAAUCAAAUCAAAAUCGGUCCUGUAUCGGCUCAAAAAUAAUGGCAGAGCUUAUUGGCCAAUCAGUUGCUCUGUAUUCUAAACAAUUGUUAUCGCAUCGGCCAUGAAAAAAAACGUAUUGGUCGAUCUGUAAUUCAGGUUACCAACGUAACAAGGCAUAGUAUAUUAAGAAUGUACUUUUACAACGUUUACAACUUCAUUUUAAAUAGGUUGCAACUAAAUGAUAUGGGAAAGACCUUCAUCCCAAAAUGAAAGUAAGUGCAAACUAUUGUAGUAAAGAAGACAUUUUAUUUUGAAUUUUAUUUUACUUUUUUUUCUGCAAAAGAGCAUUGUGUAAAUCAUUUUUGAUGGAGUAUAUAUUGUUAUAAAAUUAUGAAAAGGGCCCUAUGUAUGUUUUAGGUAGAUGGUCCAAAACAUUGUAUUCCCCAUGGAGAUGCUUUUGUUCCACAAAACAAUUUUAGGAGACAAGCAGGUGACUCCACCAAGCCAAGAUUUUUUGGUGAAAAAUGCCUGUAAUUUUAAUGCCAUACUGUGGGACAUUCCAAGCAAAGAAAUAAUAUUUUUAUUAGACAAGCAAGUGAUGAACCCUCAACCAGAAAACACACACAGUGCACCUUUUAAAACUGUAGAUAAAAGUCUGAUGAAUUACUUCAAUGGUUCAAUGGUUCAGUUCAAAACCACAAGACUGGACACUCUGUGAAUGGAAGAAGACAUUAUAGGAGAAGUUCUUUAAAUGAAAUGAAAUUGAAAUUAAAUUAAAUGAAAAUAAAAUCACACACUAAAUGCACUAAAAUGACAUACUAUUGGAAAUAUAUAAUGCCCUUCAUGUAUAUGUAUAUAUAAUAUGUAUGUUAUAUAAUAUGGGAGAAAAAGAGAGAAGGCUGAUGCAUCCUUUUCAGUCUUAAACUUUUAACACUGUGUGCAAAUCUGUUUUAAUCCAUCUUAUCUUGUAUACUUCAAGAAGCAUGUCUGGGCUUGCUUCAUGCUUUAGAUACUGUGAAAGGUCACAUCUCAGUAACACAGGGUACUUUCGUAUCUGUAUUUUCUUUCAAGCUCAACAGUGACCACCCCCCAAGUCAAUUUUCCAUUAAUUUUUCCCAUAGACAUUCCAAAAGAAAUUAAUUCUGAAAUCAUGCUCAGGGCUAAUGACCACAAGAUAUAAUUUUAUUUAAAAUCUGUCUUUGAAACUUUAGGAACUACAGAGCUAACAAUGUGCUUUUGGAUUUAAAACAGCCGGGUUAUGGACAUCACUUAACAUUGAACUCUUAAUAUUUGAAGUUUUUGAAAAGUCUGUGGGUAAAAUGAACAGAAAAUGUAUUUACAGAACCAGAUUGUACUUUGAAGUGGGCAGGACUGUUGAGUUCCAAUACUCACUCGGUUAUAAAAUAUGGCCAUACAUGUGUGCGUCAUGUCUGUUCCAGGUUUAUCAAUGCAAUCCCUUCAGUCAAUGCAAUUUGAAAUACUUACUGUAAGCUCUUUGAUUAUUGUUCUGUUAGAAGAACUGAUAUAAGCAGUCAGUGAUCACUGUGAGUCUUAAACAUCUCCUAAUAGUAAUAUAAGAUCCAGAUAUGUGUCAUUCAUCAGCAUUCUGUGUUACAGUUAUUACAGUGUCUCAAAAGGUUGCCAUGCUAUUGCCAGGUGCUAAUUUUCUACCUAUAGCUAUUUGUUUUACAAAUGUGUUCUAUGCCAGAGCUUUAGCCAUCCUACAAAGGUGACAGCAACAUCCUCUACCUCUUCUAGUUUUCUAAUUAUACUACAGACCUUUACUCUAUUAACAGAUUUUUACUGUGUUAACAAACUGCUAAACCUCAGUAACAUUUAUGCUGGACUAAAAAAAACACUCACGAACCAAUACUGUGCCUAGUACAGCUGAAAGGGAUGGACUGGCUCUUGUGUUAUAGAUUACAGUUUGGACAAUAAGGCUGUUUAUGGCAGAAGCAUCGAACUGCAGGUUGUGAUUGUAUUUUUAUUUACAUGUUGGUAUUUUUGUAAAUUUCCAUAAACAGUUGUUCUCGUGGUCUUAUAUUUUCCGGUUGGUGUGUAGCCUACUCUCCUUUGAGUAAAAUGUGUUAAAUAAAUACACUUUUUUUUUUGCUUCUGUCUU